AUGGCGCUGUGGUUGAGAGUCGUCUUCACAAUUGUUGUUGCUCUGCUCGGUGCUGCGGUGCCAGUCACAUCGCUCGUAGUCCACCGACCUCUCUACCUCGCAAAGCGAAACAUGUUGUCCACCGUUCCUGACUAUGGUACCACGCCUCUGACGGGGAGGAAUAAUCAUGGGAAAGUUAUUCUGGUAGAAAUGGGUGCGCUUUGCAACGGAGAUAAAGUGGAUCCUCACUGGGUUGAUGCGGUACUCCUGACUCAUGGUGGUCAGUGCUCACACGGUACACAAGCCGUGAGGGCCCAAUCUGCGGGCGCCGUUGGUUUGCUUGUGGCGAACGACGGUGUUGGUUCUGCAGAUGAAGCAGAGGUGGAUAUUCCUGUUGAGCGCAUAACAACGAAGGACUACGAUGCCAUUACAAACGCUGUGAAAAACGAUGUCCUGGUGGAGGUUACGCUUGGUACGCCGUUGGAUGUGCUUCGGUAUAUCGUUUGA